CGCCGCCAGCAGAGGAAGUUUAGGCGCCACCGCCCGCCGUAGCUGGGCCGCUGUCGCCGCCGCCCUCCACGGCCUGGCGGGGAGGCGGCGCUGAGGAGCCGCUCCCGUGGGUAACCGGCGAUUAUUUUUUUCCUUCGGCGGCGGCGCGCAGGGGAGCAGGCAGGGAAAUGGCGGCCUCCGCCGGCGCUGCGCGGAGUCGGUUCGUGGUGGUGGGCGGAGGAAUCGCAGGGGUUACCUGUGCGGAGAAGCUGGCCAUGGAAUUCCCAUCAGAAGAUGUUCUUUUAGUGACAGCUUCUCCAGUUAUAAAAGCUGUAACAAAUUUCAAACAGGUCUCCAAAACACUUGAAGAAUUUGAUGUGGAAGAGCAACCAAGUUCUCUAUUAGAAAAACGUUAUCACAAUAUCAAAGUUAUACAGUCUGGAGUAAAACAGUUGAAAAGUGAUGAACAUAGGAUUGUCACUGAAGAUGGGAAGGAAUAUAUGUAUGAAAAACUUUGCCUGUGUGCUGGAGCAAAACCAAAACUAAUUUUUGAAGGAAACCCAUAUGUAUUAGGAAUCCGGGACACUGACAGCGCACAGGCUUUUCAGAAGAAUUUGGCUCAAGCUGAGAGAAUAGUAGUGGUGGGAAAUGGUGGGAUUGCACUUGAAUUAGUGUAUGAAAUUGAAGGCUGUGAAGUGAUCUGGGCUAUCAAAGACAAAGCCAUUGGGAACACUUUUUUUGAUGCAGGAGCAGCUGAAUUUCUCAUUCCAAAGCUAACUGCUGAAAAACGAGAGACUCCAAUUGAAUGUAAAAGAACAAAGUACACAAUGGAAGGAAAUGAGGAAAAAGAAAGACCUAUAGCAGCAGCUGACAAACUGGGCAGUGCCUUAGGCCCUGAUUGGCAUGAGGGCUUAGCUCUUAAAGGGACAAAAGAGUUUUCUCAUAAAGUACAUAUUGAAGUACUAUGUGAAGUGAAGAAAAUACACUUACAGGAAGAAUUUAUACGACUGCAACAGACAUCUUUCAUUUUUCCUAAAGAGGAGAAGAACAUAGAACCAGACGAGGUGCUAUGGCCUGUAUAUGUGGAAUUAACUAAUGGAAAAAUUUAUGGUUGCAAUUUCAUUGUCAGUGCAACUGGAGUUGUGCCAAAUGUUAAACCAUUUCUUGAUGGCAAUAAUUUUGCUGUAGGUGAAGAUGGAGGUCUUAAAGUAGAUAAGCACAUGCACACAUCCCUGCCCGAUAUAUAUGCAGCUGGAGAUAUCUGCACAGCUUCGUGGGAACCUAGUCCAGUGUGGCAUCAGAUGAGACUGUGGACUCAAGCUAGGCAGAUGGGAUGGUAUGCAGCAAAAUGCAUGGCAGCAGAUGUUUUAGGGGAAUCUGUUGAUAUGGAUUUCAGCUUUGAACUAUUUGCUCAUGUUACAAAAUUUUUCAAUUACAAGGUGGUGGUUUUGGGAAAAUACAAUGCUCAAGGCUUGGGUGUAGACCAUGAACUGAUGCUGAGAUGUACCAAGGGACAAGAGUAUGUUAAAGUAGUGAUGCAGAAUGGCCGAAUGAUGGGAGCUGUGCUGAUUGGUGAAACGGACUUGGAAGAAACCUUUGAAAACUUAAUUUUAAAUCAAAUGGAUCUUUCAGCCUAUGGUGAAGAUCUCCUGAAUCCAGAUAUCGAUAUAGAAGAUUAUUUUGAUUGAACAAAACCCCAUUUCCAUUUUGUAUGAAGUUUGGACACAGAGUAAUAUGUCUUACAAACUGUUUCUUCAGGAUUACCAGAAAUGAGGGAUAAGUGCGAUUCCUUAUUAAGAUUUUGUGUUCAUCUUGUCAAAAUACUGACCGGCACAUUAAAUUAAUCUGUGCAGAAAUGCAACAACAAAAGCCAACUGGAUUAGUGUUGGCAAGGAAGUUUUGUCUAGACUAAUUCACAUACGAGAACACGGCUAUGACAGUUAAAAAGUGAGUCACUGUGCUGUUGAGAUAGCACUGCAUUCGCUUGAAUGUGAGGUAGCCUUCACUUUUAAAACAUAAAUAAAAUGUGUUAAAUCCUG